GAUAUUUUUUUUACUUAAUUUGUAAAGUUGAGAGAUUUAAUGGUUUAGGAUUUUUUUUUUGGGGUUUAUUCUUUUUUUUUUUUAUAAACUAGGGUUGCCGCCCGUUCGACCUAAACUCUUUUAUCAUUCUCUUGCCUACUUCGAUUGUCACUGUUAUAUCUCUGUUUCCUUUUUUCCUCUUCGAUCUUCGUUGAUUUCCUUUUGAAUUUCCGGGGAUUCUUUGAAAUCAUCCAGGAUCCGUCGCCGUCGCUCCUCUCCAUCGAACGGGGUUUUUCAAUUAUGGCCGACGAAUCGGAUCUGAAUGACUACCUCGACGAAGAAGAAGUGCCAAUAUCAAAGCUAGAGAAGAAGAAGAAGAAAAACAAGAAGCAGCAAACAACAAACGAGAUAGAGAAACGAAGAAGAAAAAGAAGAACAAGCAGCAAACAACAAACGAGAUAGAGAAACCCAACGAAGAGAAAGAAGAGACAAUGAACAUCAGGGUCAAGCAAAUCUCGGAGAAACCCGAGAGAAUCGCUCCAAUCGUCGCCUAUUUCGCUUCUGGGUAUGACCCAUCUGAUAAAUUCGAUGGCGAUGGCGAUGGAGACGGACACUGUCCGGAUGUCGAGGUUUAUAGACAUAAGGCCGGGACGAAGAGCAAGAGGCUUCAGGUCGUGGUGAGCCCACCUGGCUCGAGCGUGAAGUUCGUCGGCUCGAAUUAUACCGGCGAGGGAGCCACCGGACAGACAUGUGUGUAUACACUUGGUGUUCUCGACAAGGAGAAGCAGACACUGAAAAUUCUCCCAAUUGCUUCCAACAAGAUUUUCAUAUUGGAGCCAAGAGUUAAAAAUGCGGAAUCUGUUGAUUCAGAAGCUUCAUUAGGUGGAGUUAGCACUGAAUUAACUGCGGCAGAACGAGCUGUCAAAGCCAGAAAACUUAACAACCUUUAUGGUACAAAGUCAGCUAUAAACCGGGACAAAAAGAUGCGAGCUUUGAACCCAGGGGACGAUCCCGAGUCUCAGCAGCACCUCGAGGGGAAACUUAACGAAAUGGAAAUCAAGAAGGAAGCUCUUGAAAGCACUGAUUCUAUUAUUUCACGCAACAUUCCUCCGUGUGAUGUUUCUGCUGCAACUCCUCGGGAAGCUUAUCCAUUGGAUCAGAUUAUUCUCAAGGGAGAAUGGGGUUUCCUCGAGGAUAUUUACUCACAUCUGCAGCAGGGUACUGGAGCAGCACCUGACACAUACCCCGUGUUUGUACGGAAUAGAAUCUAUAAGCUGCGGGAUAUCAAGGAUGAGACGGAGAAGAAGACAAUGUCGUGUAUCUUGUCUUUCAUCACCCAUCUGGUGAAGUUCAAGGACGUAAAAUCCAUGAACGGUUACAACAGUGCCAAGGACCACAGGUUUCCUGGGGUCAUACAACAGAGAUUCAAGUCAAUGUUCAGGGAUCUUGAAUCGGACAGGAUACCAACCGACAAGAUCAACCUUCUGACAAGCUACGUGCUCGUGCUGACGCUUCACGUGGAUGAGUUCAAGACCAGCGUGGAAGACAUAGCCAAGGAUCUGAGGAUGAGCAGCAUCGAUCUCAGAAAGCAUUACGAGCAUCUGGGCUGCAAAUGCUCGCGCGUCAAAACUGUUUUGCACGCAACCCUUCCCGUCCCUCUCAAGUUCCCCCAGGCCAUGAGGAAGAAGAGACGUCGAUAAGACUUACCCUUUCAAGAUAGAACUCAGGGCUUGUUCGCGUCCAGACAGGAAAACGGGUGUUUAAUUUCGUUAAUUUUUUUUUAUCUGGAAGCUUUGCAAUGGACGAAAUUUAUUGUGUUGAGGAUGUACUAUUGUUUUUAUUUA